AGCCUUGACGAAGAGAAGAGGAAGAAAUCUGUACACGGAAGUUCUUCAGGACUUUACAUGCAUGAGAUUUUUUUCCCCUUCAAUAGCCUCUCUCUCGGUAUAUAAUUUACUUUUCUUUCUGGCGGUUAGUUAUCAACCGUUAUGGCGGUGAAAGCUACGACAGUGUGUGUGGAGAGCCGGAGCAGAUCAUGUGCAGGUAUCCGCGCACGGUAGAUCACCGGAGGGGUCAAUGGACGCCAGGAGUUGAAGUGCAGCUGUUUUGACAGCUGGGUUGAGCCUCCAGUACCUGGUUUGUGAGUCCGACAGAGACCGAGAGAGCUGCCGAAAGCAGAGAAGAACCGAGGUUCAAUAUCUAGGGCGGGUUUUUUAUGUAGAGACAUUUAUCUACGUCUGUCAAGUUGCUGUUAAGGCGCCAUUGAAGAAAAGGGGGAAAGCUACCCACCGACCUGUGGCCAUGGCUUCGUCCCGGCUGAAGUACCUCUCUCUGGGCGUGCUGGUGUUCCAGACCACCUCCCUGGUGCUCACCAUGCGGUACUCCCGCACCCUGCAGGCCGAGGGCCCGCGGUAUCUGGCCUCCUCAGCUGUGGUGGUGGCCGAGGUCAUGAAGAUACUCACCUGUGUGCUGCUCGUCUUCAAGGAGCACAGUUACAGCAUGAGAGCCCUGAACAGCAUCCUGCGUCAGGAAAUUGCCCACAAACCCAUAGAAACACUGAAGCUGGCAAUCCCCUCUGGGAUCUACACACUGCAGAACAACCUGCUGUACGUCGCCCUGUCCAACCUGGACGCAGCCACCUACCAGGUGACAUACCAGCUGAAGAUCCUGACCACGGCUCUGUUCUCUGUGUCCAUGCUGGGCCGCAGGCUGGGCGUCUACCAGUGGCUCUCUCUGCUGAUUCUUAUGGCUGGAGUGGCUCUUGUGCAGUGGCCCUCUGAGUCUGCUCCGGCUCCAGAGAAGGAGGCCCUGUCCACUGGCUCCCAGUUUGUUGGUGUGACAGCUGUUCUGGUGGCGUGCUGCUCCAGCGGGUUCGCUGGCGUCUACUUUGAGAAGAUCCUGAAGGAGAGCAAACAGAGCGUCUGGGUCCGCAACAUCCAGCUAGGCAUGUUUGGCCUGGUAUUUGGUCUUUUCGGGAUGCUGGCCUACGAUGGGGAAAGGGUGAAGGAGUCAGGAAUGUUCCAGGGUUACAACUCAGUCACCUGGACCGUUGUAGCGUUGCAGGCGCUGGGUGGUCUGGUCAUAGCAGCGGUCAUCAAGUAUGCAGACAACAUCCUCAAGGGCUUUGCUACAUCGCUCUCCAUCAUCCUGUCAACUCUUAUAUCGUACUUCUGGCUGCAGGACUUCGACCCCACCGGCGUGUUCUUCCUGGGGGCCAUUUUGGUCAUCGUGGCCACUUUCCUGUACGGCUACGAAAGCAAGCCGUCCCCCAACCCCAGCAGGGCGUAGGACACUCAUGGCUGACACUACAGCAGCAGUAGGAGGUCCUGUUGAAGCGUCAAGACAAGGAGGGGAAAGGAGGACAGGCAUACAACAAAAAAAAAAAGAGGGGAAAGGUCUUUAUCGUAUAUUGUGAUCGCGGAAAAGGAGGAGCAGAGGAGUAGGAAGCGAGGAGGUAAGCAGGUUGGGAACAGAGGAAAGGAAAAGAGAUUAAAAAAGCAAGCACAACGCUGUGAUAGAUCUCAAACACCAAAAGUGCCUCAGCUUGGAGGAGUAACCAGUGAGAAAAGAAAACUGUGGUGAAACAGGAUUGUAUGAUUUUUCCCUUAAUGACCGCUGUAGAGAAUCCUGGCACACCUCCAGAGCUAGAGAGAUACUCCCAACAGGACAGACUGAUUGUGUUUGUUAAGAACCUGUUUGACUGCCAGUCGCUGUUACUGCCACGUCAGUCACACCCGUAUAGUAAAGGAUCAAAGAGGCAGACAAGCAGGAGUUUCUGAACCUUCUUCAAUACCACAUUUUGCAGAUGUAGUGUGACUGGCUUGUUCACCUUAGAGUCACAGUAUUUAAGGCUCUGACAGUCUAAAGUUGUCCCUUUUUGGGGCUGUGUACAAUACUGCAACAAGCUCUGACAGUCGCAUGGUUUAGGUUGCAAAUGGUUAAUGGUUGGCGUUUGGGUCAUGGUUGGGGUUAGAGCCUGCUACAAAGGAGGGGUUUGUACACCACUUAAGAUGCCUGUCUACUUGGGAGGCAGAACUCGGGGCAAAAAUUAAUUAGUGUUACAAGAGCCUUUAGACUAUAGUAGUUGGUCACCAGAACUAGUAUUGUAAUCUAAAUGAUGGCUCUCAUGUUUCGUUUUGUUCAGCUAUUUUUGGAAACAGUUUUUGUUGCCAGGCAACAUAUAGUCACUGGGAUGUCUUUGAUAACAUACACAGAUCACUGUAUGACUCUGGUCUGUCUAAUCUGGGUGUAUGAAUAAAAUGCUACAGGAAUAAAUUACUGUCACUUCAGGCUGUAAUAAUGGGGAUUAUUUAAAUAUUUAGGUUUUUGAAUUGAAAAGGACAGUUUGAUUAUGUGGUAAUUUUAUACAACUUGAAAUUAUGUUAGCCUUUGGUGUAAAUUUAAACCGAAACCAUUUCAAUUGUAACCUAUAAAUCGAAAUGAAUUGUCUGUUUAACUUAUUCAUUCAUUGAUUAGGCUGAGGUUUACAUGACUUUUCAAAGCCGUUGAUUAUCAACAUCCAGCUCCUUAUGUCCUGUGCUUGUGUAAAAAAUAUAUUCUGUUGAUUCAAAGUAAAAGAAAUCAAAAUAUUACUAAAUGUAGCCCAGCUAAGUCUGAACUGACUGAACUGUUGAUACUGAUUACAUCAGAUAUCUGUGAGGCAUUAUUUACAUAGAAAGUAACCUUGGACUGUACACCUUUACUGAUGUUUUUCCUCUGGAACUACUUUUUUUUCUUGGGAUAAAGCGGGUAUAAUAAUAACUUUAUUAUUUUAAUUACAGAUAUGUGAAUCUUUUAUAAAAGAAAAAUGUUUCCUUUAA